AUGGCCUACGAGAACGAUGAUCUGAAGCAGCAUGCACACUUUGAGAAAGCAGAGGAAUUCCUAGGCUACUUGAAGACUGGAGAGUAUCAAGAACAAGCAUAUUUGCUCGACCCAUGGCUCGAGAGAAUCAUUGGACCUCCUAUCGAGGCUAUAAGGCGCCAUGCUUCGGAGGUGGUCGCCAGUGGGAAGCAAUAUACUCCCGCCAUGAACAUGAGUUCUCUGGCUACGAUCAUCUAUCAGAUAAUCAAGACUCGCGGGUAUAAAACCAUCGUUUCUUUCUUUCCUCAUCAAAUCUUGGACCUGAAUGACGCCCUUUCAUAUAUGAAACUCCUCGAGAGCCACGGUCAAUGGGGAUCGUGGGCCAUUCGCUACGUCGUUCUUUUGUGGCUCUCGCUCAUCUGUCGCCUUCCGUUCGAUUUGUCGAGCUUUGAUGAUCCCGGUGCACAGUGUGGACAGACGGCUCAGAUCAUCGAGAGCAUUGGGAAAAUGUAUUUGGAGAAAGCUGGCUUGGAGCGGGACGCUGCAGCACUUUUACUGGCUAGGCUCUACACGAGACAAGACACAUGUGUGCUACUCGGGUCAUUCCUCGAGUGGUGUACCCCACGCAUCACAGAGCAGGUCGAUCUAUUUCAAGCAGUAGGAUGCCUCCAGGUCAUGUCCGAAAUACUCAAAUCCGGUGGCUUGGAGCAGAUUCAACGGCAUUUGGACCGGAUAUUGGAGCUUGCCCAAAGUGCCCCACAAAACAAGAGCUUGGCAACGCAUACAGUCAUUCGAAAAUUUGCGAUCAAGGCCUCCAGCAGGGUAGGGCUGCGUCUCCUCCCAGCUGCCACUACUCUCAUACCCUUGUUAGCCAAAACACUCCACGGAGAGGUUGUAAAUCUCAAUGAGGGACUCGCACAAGUGUCCGAGGCGGACGUGGAUCUGCCGCCGCAGAUUGAAGGUAUUAUUGACGAUAUACUGAAUGCCCUCCAUGAUCGAGAUACUACUAUAAGGUGGUCAGCAGCGAAAUACAUUGGAAGAAUCGCUGCGCGAGUUCCAACCUUCUUUACGGAUCAGCUCCUCGACGCGCUCAUGGACUUAUACCAAGUUCACUACGUAGAGGGGGAAGACCUUGUCGUAGGAGCCGAGCCAACGUGGCACGGUGCCACAUUGGCAUGUGCAGAGUUUGCACGUCAAGGUCUUAUCAACGUUUUAAAGCUCCCAAUUGCGAUCCAGUGGACACUCAAGGCACUUUUCUUCGACGUCCGCAAAGGUGCUCACUCAAUUGGCUCCAACGUACGAGACGCUGCAUGCUAUUUCCUCUGGUCCUUGGCCCGGACCCAAGACUCAAAAACUAUCGAACCUCAUGCGGUGUCGUUGGCUCGUGCUCUUCUGACAGUGGCUUUAUUCGAUCGCGAAGUCCAUAUCAGGAGGGCGGCAAGUGCUGCAUUCCAGGAAAACGUGGGCCGCAUGGGCCUAUUUCCCCAUGGUAUUGACGUCCUGAAGUGGACUGACUUCUAUGGAGUCGGUGUACGCCGUAAUGCAUUCCUUGUCUCUGCUCCAGAAGUGGCUAAGUAUCUCGUGUACCGCGAGGGCUUCCUUCGUCAUCUAACUCAGACGACUCUCAAGCACUGGGACCCAACCAUGCGUAGUAUUGGCUCACAGGCGAUCAAAGAAUUAUGCACAUCAGAACUCGAUACACUUGCCCCUCCAAUAGUUCACGAGUUGUCAGGAUCGUUGAUAUUUGCGGACUCUCACGAGAUUCAUGGAGCCCUUCUCGGGCUUAGAGAGCUUGCGGAAGGUUAUAAAGCCAGAGCCGAUGAUGAAAGGUCGACCAAGGCCCGUGUUCAGAUAUUUGAGCUUGUGGAUAAGCUUACCGAUGCGACUAUAAAUGGAUACGGCAACGAUCUUCUGCUCGAAGGAGCAUGCAUGCUGAUUGCAUCAAGCGUCUCACCAGAGGGACUGAAAUCCCGCCCAGAUGUGGCCAGUUCGGCGCCACCCCGAUGGAAGAUCAUUCUCGAUAUCAGCUUGAGGCAUCGCAACGACGUUGUUCAAGAAGCAGGCGCAAAACAAGGCAUGACUCGGGUACUGGGAUACGCUGGGUCUAGUAAGUAUCCCGAGGGUGUGAAAAACUCUAUCAACUGUCUCCUUCAAGUCGUGAAACGAGAUGUCACCAAGAAGACUCCAUCGAGCUAUUGCGUGGAAGCUCGUAGGAAUGCCUAUGAAUCGCUCAGUCGCCUCCUGAAGUCGCUAGACUCGAUAUUGUUUACGGAUUUGAGCAUCAAUCUAUUCCAAUCAAUCAUCCUGGCUUUUCUAGAUGGGCUCGAAGACUACACGGUUGAUGAAAGAGGCGAUGUGGGCUCCUGGGUCCGCAUUGCAUGCAUCAAGGGUAUCGGAGAUAUCAUCCUUAUUCUCCUUGAGUACAAGCCCAGUAAUCCAUGGGGUUGGCUUCCACUCGAUGAUUACAUUCAACUGUGGGCCGGGUUACUCAAACAGGGCGCAGAAAGACUUGACAAUGUACGAGCGGAUGUCGGGAAGCAGAUAGUCAGGCUCGUCAAUGCGAUUGAUGUUGCCGUCUCUGGGAAUAAGGGAGACGCGCGCUGGAUGCCCGAGGGCUUUGAUCUCAUGAAGAGGCUAUUCGUCACAGAUGUCGAGGCUGGUGACGGAUGGAACGAAGCAAGCUGGUUGUUCCCUCGGAUUGUUCAGAUACUGCCUAUCGAAAGAUAUCGAACGCCACUCAUACGGGGGAUAGUAUUGAGUAUCGGGAGUAGGAACGAGAAUACACACCGACCCGCCACGGAUGCCCUCACGCAAUUCCUUAUUGAACGACAGGAGAAACGGCCAGAGGAGCAAAUUAUCGUGCAAAUCCUAGGAAAUCUCGUCGAUUUGGCUUCAAAAAAUUUCACAUCGAAUAACAUAGUCCUACCAAUACUUUCCACUUUGGAUGUCCUCAUUGAAGGAGGUUUGGCUCGAGAGGCCAGUGGCACCGCGGAGGGAAUCAAAGUAUUGGAAAGGCUACUUGACUUUGCGGGCAAACGAGUUGAGAAGCUGAAGAACGUCCAACGUAUCAAUACAUCAAUGAGAAUUGUCGUUCAGCUCCUCGCCGUUUCUGAAGUAUUCGAAAUCGCUCGCUCUUGCAUCCGCUUCUUCUUGACGCACGUAUAUCCAAAGGUACGAGAGGAGAGUGGUGAGUAUCUCUACAUGGUUAUCCAAUCACAAGACGUGCCCGGAGGUGAUGCGGCAGAGCCUAUAUUGCUCGAGACUGACUGGGCUGGCACGGAUUUUGCAUCUCGAGCAGACAAAGUGGUUGCCGCUCUUGAAUAG